CCACAGCGAGGCAGCCAAAGCCCUGCGUGGGAGGGACAAGCAAAAAGCUUUCUUUUUCAAUUACCCAGAGAAGGGCAGGAGGGAAUGCAGUCACGUAGAAAUAGGAGAAAGGGAUCUUGGAAAAUGCAGUGACUGAGAAGGUGUCUGAAAAAGAAAAAAACAAAUCAAAUGGCUUCUAUGGAGCUUCUGUUGAUAGAUAAAGAAAGCAGGCACCCUGAUCCUCCAAACAACAUUGACUGUGGUUUUAAAGCUCUGCAUAUUCACAAGUCAAGCACUGCAGCUGGGAAGGCCGUUUCUAGCGAGCAUCAGUGUAAUUCAGCUCAAAGGGCAACUGCCAGUGAAGGACAAUGUAAUUCAGCACCAGGGACAACUCCCACUAAAGGGGGGCAGCAUUUCAAGCACUGCCGUCAAGGACUUGAAAAGGAGAUAACGGUGUGUUGCGACGAGGAAUUAGAGACAUCAUUCACGUACAUUGAUGAAAACGUUAACCUCCAGCGUGCCAGCCCUAAAUUGUCUGCAAAAAGCCUGUAUGGGCAAUCAGAUCACAGCUCUUCCAAUGAAAUUCGACAAGAAGGUCUUCAGGACCUCUCUCUCAUGUCUGAUGAUGAAACCUCCUCAGUUGACUAUGGUUUUAUUAGUGCAAUUACGUUUCUUGUUACAGGGAUGUUCUUAGUCAUUAUUUCUUAUGCAAUACCACGAGAUGUGAAUGUAAACCCCGAUACUGUCUCAGCGAGAGAGAUGGAGAGGCUAGAGAAUGAAAGCGCAAGGAUUGGAGCCCACUUAGACAAGUGUGUUAUUGCCGGGCUUUGUUUGCUCACCUUGGGGGGAGUUGUGCUCUCCACCUUGCUCAUGGUAUCCAUGUGGAAGGGAGAGAUGUACAGAAGGAAAGCGUUUGCAUAUUCCAAAGAAUCUGCAAAACUGUAUGGCUCUAUCAAUUUUAGAAUGGGAUCAAGUCGCAACGACGCUACCUCACAGGUAUCUAUAGUUGAGGAAGAUAUAGUAUCGAUAGACUGAAAGUUGUAUUUUUUAAUAUACAAUAUGUUUUUUAAAAAUAUAUAAUAUCAGGUUUUAGAAUAACUGAUUUUAUGUACAUAUUGUAUUCAAAUACUUUUGCAUGCUGAUUAUUUGUUUAUAUGUUCUCCUGUCCAUCAGGUGUUUUAAUCAUGUAUGAAAUAUAGUGUAGGUAUUGAUGGGAAGUCAGCUACGUCUUUCUUGCUGAAGUUGUGAUGUACAGUAACUGCCUGUAAUGAAAAUGGCUUAUAGCCUGUAUUUAUUUAUUUAUUUAUUUAUUUAUUUAUUUAUAUUUUUAAUUGAUUUCAUUAUUUACAGCUAAUGCUUUAAUAUAAGGUUCUUCUUUAUAUAGCGUCUAAGGUUACAGUGCCCACGUUUGAUCAGAUCCACUAUUUUAUUAGUAACUGGUGCCUCCUUACAACAGGCAACUCACUGAAGAAAAUAGGUUUCAUCUGACAACAGCCUUAUUAAAAUAUUGGCUGUAUUUAUUUUAACUCAAAUUGUGUUUGUCACAAUUAACAUAUUCUUCAUAAAAAUAUAUAAAUACAUUUAUAAAUGUUGCUUAUUAGUUAUUCCAAAAGAGAGCAAGUCAAUAUUUGAACUACAUGUUCCUCAUUCUAAAAACAUAAAAACAUGCAGAACCAAAAAUCUAUUUAAUGUAAUGUAACAAUUUUAAUGUGCCCUUUUAAGGCUAUCACUUUGCAAAAAGUGCCUCUUGUUAUACAUUAUGUUCUUAUGUGCCCUUGAUGAAUCCUAAGGUCUAUAAAGGGAGUUUUAGGUUGGGCAGUUCUUGUGAAAUAUCAUCAAAAAAGGAUGUCACUUUGUUUGAGUAAAUAUCCUUUUCACUGUGCAUAAACAUGAAGUGGCAUUGAUGACCUAAUGUCUUCAGUUAAAUGUAUUGCACAGUAGUAGCCUAUAUUCUUAAAUUGAAAGAAACAAGAAUGUUCUCAGCAUACUGUAUUUUAAGGACAAAAGUAACCCAGGGAAAAAUAUUUAAUACAGUAAUAAAGGGCAUAUUUUAAUUUACUCUGGUUGUGAGGUCUUUAAUGUAAUAUAGAAAUAAAAUGUGUUAUAUUUUUUACUCACACUUAGCCUCGGCAAAGAAAUGCAACUGUAAAUUAUACUACAAAUCAAGUCAAAUAUAAAUAAAUAUAUUUGUUUCUAUAUAGUUAGUGCAGUGGUUUGCUCAGAAUGUCUGGUGUUAUUUCUAAGUGAUAUUUGGAACUGUAGUUGUUUCAAAUUUAAAUGAAUGUAACUUUUUUUUUUUUACAUUUUAGAGUGUAGAAACAAAUUGGAAACCGCAUUUGUUUUAAAAUAUUUCUCUGUGCUGUAAGACACAUUUCCCCAUGCCUUAUUUGUAAUUAGUGUGUAUUUAAAAUUUGCAUAUUCUCACUGAAAUAUAUGUAUCUUUCUUUGGACAAAAUAAACAGAUGGUUCACAAAAGACAAUGGUCUAUCUAUCGUUACUAAAAAACAAACAAAAAACAACAAUUAGACUGCUUCAUAAUGAAAUC